CACUACUAUGGUGGACAAUGUUCCCAACCUUGUAUUUGUCACUGGCGACCUCUAGCGGUAAACUACAAUUUACAUCGAAGUGACGUACCACAGUGCGCUUGUCAUAUGACUAUCGAGGUCCAUACAAUUUUGUACAAUCCGGAUAUAGCAGAGAAAAUCGAUCAGUUGGACAUGCAACUCAGUACUUGACGUGCACUUUAUGACAUGUCAAAUAUCCUGAUAAAAACUAGAUAGAAUGCCAUUGUCAACAGCACUCAUCCCUCUUGCUUUGUUCAUUGGAGUAGCAACACGAUCCAGAGGCAGUGAUGAGUGUGUGGCCCGUAACUUUGGCCAUGGCUCGGUGGUGUGUGAGUGUAACUCCACCCACUGUGACAGUAUUGGGUCGGACACACUACCUGUCUUGGGUCAGUUCCUGUCCUUCACCAGCAGUAAGGCUGGCAGCAGGCUGCAGAGAGGACAGGGACAGGGACAGAAGAACAGCACUGGAGCAGUUCUCAGGCUGACUGUGGUUCCCUACCAGAAGUACCAGAGGAUCAGAGGGUUUGGAGGAGCCAUGACAGACUCAGCUGCCAUCAACAUCCUGUCUCUGUCCCCCAGAACACAGGACCAGCUACUACGACAGUACUUCUCUGCUCAGGGUAUUGGGUACAGUGUGGUGCGGGUGCCCAUUGCCAGCUGUGACUUCUCAACCCAUCUGUACACCUAUGCCGACUCACCUGGAGACUACAACCUGGACAACUUUACCUUAGCACCAGAGGACACUAACAUGAAGAUCCCCCUGCUGCAGCGAGCCCAGGCCCUGUCGCCCCGCCCCCUGUCUCUGCUGGCCAGUGCCUGGAGCGCCCCCGCAUGGUUGAAGACCAACGGUGCUCUCACUGGCAAGGGCUCUUUGAAGGGCCAGCCUGGGGGCAAGGAGCACAAGACCUGGGCUAAAUACUAUGUCAGGUUCCUGGAGGAGUAUGCCAAAUACAACCUAUCAUUCUGGGCCGUGACCACAGGCAACGAGCCCUCUGCUGGACAGAUGACCAACUACAGUUUCCAGGCUCUGGGCUUCACAGCAGAGGAGCAGAGGGAUUGGGUGGGCCUGGACCUAGGCCCCGCCCUGCACACCUCCACACACCCCCACACACACCUCCUCAUCCUGGACGACAACAGACUGCUACUGCCACACUGGGCUAAAGUGGUCCUCAGUGAUGUGCGUGCUGGCAGGUAUAUCCAUGGUGUUGGAGUCCACUGGUACCUGGACACUCUGGUGCCGGCAGAGCUCUCCCUGGGCACUACCCACCACCUGUACCCAGAAUACUACCUGUUUGGAACGGAGGCCUGCGCUGGCUGGAGCCCCACAGACAGAGGAGUACGGCUGGGUAGCUGGGAGAGAGCUGAGCAGUACGCACACAGCAUCAUACAGGACCUGAACCACUAUGUGGUGGGCUGGACAGACUGGAACCUGGCUCUGGACCAAGGAGGAGGGCCCAACUGGGUGAAGAACUUCGUGGACAGCCCCAUCAUCGUGGACCACAGCCGAGACAUCUUCUACAAACAGCCCACCUUCUAUAGCAUGGCCCACUUCAGUAAGUUCCUGUGGGAGGGGUCUCAGAGAGUGGGUGUGUCCUUCAGUCAGGAAACAAAACUGGAAAGCUCUGCCUUCGUCAGGCCAGACGGGUCAGUGGUGCUUACCAUCCUCAACAGGUCGUCGUCAGAGGUCCAGUUUGAGGUGUAUGAUCCUGCUGUGGGUUUCAUCUCCUCCAGUGCUCCAGCCCACUCCCUGCUCACACUCGCUUGGAACACACGCUGAUCACACUGGAAUGGAACACACACGGAUCACACACCUUUACUGCCAGGGCCAAAGCAUUGUCACAGUCGGCAUUACCCCUGUGCUACACUUCCAAAAAAACGACCAAACAUUUGUCAUCGGUCAGCACCAUUAUCCCUCACUAGCAGGUCUGCUACAUUUCCACCAGCACACUCAACUCCCACCACCAUCCAAAGCCCAAUGUGCUGCCUCAUAACAGCCUGACUGGUCACAGCAUACCUGAUAACCCUGCAGCAUCGUGGGCUCUGCCAUGUCUUUGAUCAGAGCUUGAAAUGUGUGUGUGGUUUAGCCAAUACAGCCAAAUAUGUUGUGUGUUCCUAUGUAUGCUGUGACUAUCUGCACUGAUCUUCAUCACGCUGGGAAAAGCUCUGGAAUGUGUGAAUAUAGCAUGUGAUCAAACCAGGGCCAGGUACACUACUAUGAUCAGACACUGCUGCUGCUUGAGAAGGUCUGACCAUUACACCGGUCUGCUAACAACUGUUUCUAAACUGAAAUCUGGUUAAUAACGGUGUGAACAUGGUUUAUAAAAGAGAUCAUGUAAAGUAAUAAUGUACAGAAUGUAUUAAUGCAGUUUAAACCAUUUGCCUUUUCAAUAAAUGAUUUGUCUCUAUUACGUCUUCA